AUGACAAUACCAUUGAUUGGACGUUUAAGUCUUUUUGAUUGGCCCAUUAUUAUCAUUUCCUUUGUCCUUGCAUGGGCAGAGAUAAUUGUUACAAACAUCACAGCAGUGUUACCAAGUACAUUUAUAUCCCUAUUCACAUGGGUCACAGGCAACAUCUUUAGCCUCACCUCAAAUGCAAUCGAUAUCAAGCGUGAAGAGGCAGCUGGCGAAGAUGACCAGGCAAAGUUCCACUAUCUCAAGUCAAAGGAUAUAUCAUCGUCUGGCUUUAGCAAAGAAAAGUUCAACAAGAUGAUUGAAAUGUUGAAUGCUCGCGACAUACAGGAGAUGGCGAAAAUACACGGAUACGACAUUGAGAUUCAGGUGCUCACCACCAAGGAUAACUACUUAUUAACAGUUCACCGUAUUAAAGGCAAAAGAGAGAGAAGGCCAAAUGGCAAAGUUGUCUACUUGCACCACGGCCUUUUGAUGUGCAGUGAAAUCUGGGUCACUAUGCUUGAAAAGUACCAAAACUUACCAUUUAUAUUAUACGAAUUGGGAUACGAUGUCUGGUUGGGAAAUAAUCGAGGUAACAAAUAUAGCCAAAAGCACUUGUUUUACGAAUUAAACACAACAAAGUACUGGAAUUUCUCAAUCGACGAAUUUGCCUUAUUUGACAUACCAGAUACUAUAGACUACAUCUUGAAAGCUACAAAAAAGCAAAAACUCACUUAUAUCGGUUUCAGUCAAGGCAGUGCGCAAGCAUUUGCCAGUAUCUCUGUCAAUGCAGAGUUGAAUGACAAGAUUGAUCAGAUGAUUGCUAUAUCGCCGGCAACAACACCACACGGUCUCUACUCCAAGUUUCUUGAUGUGUUACUCAAGUCAUCCCCCAACAUCACAUACUUGUUAUUUUCAAGAAAAGUAUUGAUGCCAUCAUGCUUGUUUUGGCAGAAAAUUAUGUACCCACCAUUGUUCAAUUUCAUGAUUGAUUUUUCAAACUACAUGUUAUUCAAUUGGAAAGCAUACAACAUCACCAAAUUACAAAAAUUGGCUAGUUAUGCACAUUUAUACUCAACUACAAGUACCAAAUGUGUUAUUCACUGGUUCCAGGUUAUGCAAGCAAAAAACUUUCAAAUGUACCAUGACUCCUCAUUCCUAUCUGGCUUGAACCCAAUUAGUUACCCUUUAAAGAAUAUCAAGAUCCCCAUCAGCCUAGUCUACGGGGAUGCUGACUCGUUAGUGGACAUUGACGUUAUGAAAUCACAACUACCAAAGAGUACUCGUACACAUGCAGUCAAAGAUUAUGAACAUUUGGAUCUUUUAUGGGGUGAUGAUGCAUUUUCCGUGACAUUCAAACAAGUAUUGAGGUAUCUCAAGGAGGACGUCGAUGACGUUUACUCAAGAUUGUUUCGAAAUGAUCCAAAUGGGAAAUUGAUUGAGGACAUUGUUGCCCGUGUUGAUGGUGGUGGUGCCGAUGGUGGUGGUGGUAGUGGUGCUGAUGGUGCCGAUGGUGAUGGUGAUGUUGCUGAUUUUAUCGAUGGGGGUGAUAAUAAUGGUGAUGCUGGCAAGACUAAUGACCUUCAUUUUAAAAGUAGUGGCAACAACAAAGCAACUGAAGAUGAGUACAAUAAUCCAAAUAGGUCGUAUUUGAAAAUGUUGAAUGGGCAGAGAAAAGGACAGAGACAGAGAUCAUCUUUUGGUUCUUCGGGUAGUUUUGAAUAUGAGCCAUCUCCAUCCAUAUCGGGCAGUGGUUCUUUUGGAGCGUUAAGAUAA